AACCGUGACAUAGCAACCAUGUAUGAAAAUAUACUCCACAAACCCCUGGUCACGAGACCAGACAUAAGUCUGACAGCGUCUGGCAUUUUAGAAGAGUUACUUGAAAAAGAUCCAAAACAAAGGCUUGGAUCCAAUAAUGACUUUGAAGAUAUCAAACAUCAUCCAUUCUUUACAUGUAUAAAUUGGACUGAGCUUGUUGAAAAGAAGAUCCCUCCACCAUAUGACCCUCAUGUGGAUGGCCCUGAUGAUAUAUCAAACUUUGACACAGAAUUUACAAAUGCUAUGGUUCCUGAUUCUGUCUGUAUUUCUUCUGACUACUCCAUUGUUAAUGCCAGUGUUGAAGAAGCAGAUGAUGCCUUUGUUGGAUUCUCCUAUGCUCCACCCUCUGAUGACUUUUUCUUUUAG